GUGUCAUUGUCUGUGUGUAUUUCCAUACUAGAAUCGGAUACGUCGGCUUUUGUUUCUUUUGUUAUUGCCCCGCCCUCCAAGGGAAGCGUGGCUACUUAUUUAUGCAACGCUCUGACCGGCUCUGAUAUCAAAAUUCAGUGAAGAUGGACGCCGCAAAGAAUAUCGCAGACGAGCUGAACCGUGGCCGUUACACCGAAAAUGUUUUGAAGUACUUCUUCGAAAAGCCGGAUGAUUAUGAACAAGCGCUCACUGAUUCUGAAGACGAUCUGAGCGACGAUCAAAGCAGCAUAAUAAGACUGAAUAAUAUCCCUAAUCUGCAACUGAGCGAAGAUGAAGACGAGGAAGAAUGUAUCGGACUGGCGUCAGAUGAGUUGGACCGUAAGAUAUCAGAGGCUAUAUAGAUAGUAACAUUUGAUGGGGAUAAAGACAGAGAAAUGGUGAAAAUCCGUAACUUUGACUGUAAAUGCUGCACGAGGAGAAAAGAGAACUCUCUGCAUGGGAGACAGUCAUGUAGCCAGAAGCUUUCUCCAGAUAUUAUGUACAACAUACGGCUGGAUUCUUUAGCUGCGGAAAAAGAGUGGCAGGACAUGCAAAUUAUUGGACAUUUAGAGGCAAACAGACGCACAGUGCAAACUUCGGAGAUGGUUACAUCCACAAAGAAGACCCCGACAAAGAGAAAGUGUGCCCGAACGACUUAUUUCAUUGGAGGCAACAAGAUCUGCAAGAAUACUUUUCUGUUUCUUAUGGGCAUUGGCAAAGACACCCUGGCUGAUAUAGUCAAACACUAUGAGGAGAAUGGCGCAAGACCACGUUUGAGGAAGAAGCACUCACUGCCACGUCCGCCAGCUAGGUUCAUCAGGCCUGAGGAUAUCAACAGAGUUGUGGACUUCAUAAAAAACUAUGCAGAAGACAAUGCCAUCAUGCUGCCUGGCCGACAGCCUGGGCAUAAGGAUUGGCAUGUGAAGUUGCUGCCAACUCAUGUGUCCAAGGCCUCAGUGUGGCGUCUCUACGUGAAGUCUGCUAAGGAGCUUUGUGAGCGUGCAGUUUGUAAAACCAGCUUCAAAGCGCUGAGACCGACUUCUCCCACUCAUCAAAAGUUGCCGGCCAUGCACAGAUCUCUGCUGGCAGUGCCAAAGCAAUAACGAGCAGCUGAUACGAAGUGCAAACCUCCCAGGUGACAGAAAGUCUGAAGCAGUAAAGAAGCAACAAGAUCAUCUUUCCCUUGUGCAGAAAGAGAGGGCUGUGUACAACGACAUGACUGCUGCCUGCAGAAAGAUUUGCUCUGGCUCUAACCUGUCUUUUGGACCGUCCCUACCAGCAAGCAAGAAGAUUAGGAUGCAUUACAGUUUUGAUUUUGCUCAGCAGGUAAUACUUCACACACAUUUACUUUACUUUAUUAAUGUCCCUUAAAGGGCGAUUUGGUGCAUGAGAAUAAGCAGCCUGAUAAUAGCGCAAAUGCAGAAUAGCAUCAAUAUAGUAAUUUUUAUCUUUAUUAGACAGUUAUGAAUAUACACAAAUUUUAUUUAAUCUAAUCCAAGUUCCCU